AUGGCCUUUUUGUUUGUAGAGAGUUUGGCACAGAACAAGAGCAGAGUUGUGCAAACUGCGAUCAAGGCCUUGGAGCUGGUGCUUCUAUCAGCCGGCCUCGUUUCCACUCUGCUAAUGCUGAAAGGGGCAGUUCAGACUUACUCAUGUCAGCUUGUUUUGUCUAACCUAGUUGGUUUUUGGAAUUCCAUUAGAUGUUUCUUGUCUUCUCCUCUCUACAUUUGCAUCAUCAUCAACUCCAUGGUGGCCUUGAUUGCAGCCUCCUCCACUCUCCACCCGCAACAAGAAAUCGAUAUCCAUGAUUAUGAUGAUGUUAAGGUUAGUCUUGAUGAUGAUGAUAACAUCCCAAUUCCACAACCACCGGCAGAGGCAGAUGCGGAACCGGCAACACUGGAGAAGGGGAUGUCAUUGGAAAUGGAAGUGAGUAGUAAUGAUCAGGGCCAAGACGAGGCAGAUGACACGAUAGAGGCGACAUGGAAGGCCAUAACCGGGGGAGGAAAGCAAAGGCCUGAAAGGAAACAUUUGAAAAAGAGCGAGACAUGGAAUGUGCGCACGCCACCACACAGACAGAGUGCUGCUGCAGUGGAAAGCCUUAAAUUUUCGGAGGAAUUGCUGAAGCCCACCACUGCUCGGAAGGAGCUGAGGAAAUCGGAGACGUUUGCUGAUUCGGUCAUGUCGAUCACACGCAGAGGCGGGCUGAGGAGGGAUCCGUCGGUCGGCCUAGACGAAUUCAACAAGCAAGUGGAAGCCUUCAUCAAGAAAUUCAACAAUGAGAUGAGGCUACAGAGGCAAGAAUCUGAGCAGAGGUUCUUAGAUAUGUUGAAGAGAGGAGUCUAG